AUGAUCAUAUCAGAGUUCAGACAGCAAAAUUGGCUUUCUGGCUACACCGACGACAAACGGCCUGCUCUGUUAAGGCAGAUCCUCGCAGAUCAUACAGAAUGGGGGAUUCAAGAAGAUUUCAAUGUCGACCUAGCCGAUGGCUAUCUCACAUCGGGGUACUCUCCGCCUUUAUCGCUCUCGCUGCCACACAGCAGAGUGCAGGUCUCUAUAUCGGGUUUCCUGUCUACGCUGUGGACUCCCACUUCCAAGAGAAUGGAAAGCAAGUGUUGCAUCUAUCCCAAUACCUGCGAAUGCACUAGUUCCCCCCUGAGACCCAACGAUGAAAAAGCGCACAAAGCCAUCUCUUCCAAAGAGGAGCGUGGCGGAGGAGAAGAGAAGGCCAUCAAAGACAUAGUGGGGAAGUUGAGAGGGAGAGAGGUAGCGAUGUGA